GACCGAGCGGAGCCGAAAGGACCCGAAGUGACGGCGACAGGUCCGCACUGAACCGAACCAACAGCAGGAGACUGACACACGUUAGGAAGAGAGAGAGGGAGAGAUAUAUUUCACAGUUUGAUCAUCACUAACACGGUUAAAGACGUCGCAGGGAUGUCGGCUCUGACCAGCUGGGAGCUGUUCGUCAAAUACGCCCUCUUCAUCUUUAAUUUCGUUUUCUGGUUGGCAGGUACCGGAGUUCUGGCUGUGGGACUAUGGCUGCGCUUUGACAACAGGACAGCAGGACUGUUCGAAGGGGAGGACUCACCCACAGUCUUCUUCACGGGUGUGUACAUCCUGAUUGCGGCCGGGGCUCUGAUGAUGGUCGUGGGCUUCCUGGGAUGCUGCGGAGCCAUCAAAGAGUCGCCGUGCAUGUUGGGAUUGUUCUUCAUCUUCCUGCUCCUCAUCUUCGCUGUGGAGGUGGCUGCUGGGAUCUGGGGUCUCUCCAACAAGGACACGGUGGUGGAGGAAGUUACAGAGUUUUAUAAACAAACCUACAACAACUACAAAGAAACCAGACAGGAAGCGCUGAAGGAGACGCUCCGCCUCAUCCACUUUGGACUGGACUGCUGCGGUCCGACAGGAACGGUGAUCGACGCCGCCAAAGACAUCUGCCCCAAGAAGGAGGGGCUGGAGGUCCUAAUCACCAAGAGCUGUCCGAACGCCAUCGAUGAGAUGUUCAACAACAGACUCCACAUCAUCGGAGGAGUCGGCAUCGGUAUCGGAGUCAUCAUGAUCUUCGGGAUGAUCUUCAGCAUGAUGCUCUGCUGUGCCAUCAAGAGGUCCAGGGACUUUGUCUAGACCACUACCCCCCCCCUCCCCCCCUUCCUCCACCUUUAACUCCUGACACUUUUCACACCUGCCGCUUGAGAGUUUCUAUCAGUUUAAUAAUAACAUGGUCUCUUAGUUUCCUGCUCAGAUCCAUACAGGACGGCCGCGACGACCUGUGAUAGUAUGGAGGCUGCGCAGUGACCCCCCCACAGGGAGGUCUAUUUGUGCCCAAAGUAAACUGAACUGUUUUUAUUGUGGUUCCCAGUUUAAUCAGGACAGGGAGAGACGUGUAAUGACUCUGCUGCCCCCUGGUGGCUCCUGUUCCUCCGUCAGAUAAUAAAUGAAAUCACUAGUUUGGUCUCUGAGUUUGAGGUUUGUUUAAGGCCUGAGUUGAGCUGUGAUCCGACACGCUUUCUGCAGCUAACUCAAUUUUACUGUGUGACAUGUUUUAUUUUGAAGUCGCAUGUUGGAAGCUUUGAUUUUUAUAAAAAGCAGAACUGUGGAGUUUUAUGAACAUAUUUUGAUGAAUGCAGUUCAAAUAUAUCUUUAAAAUGCCAAAUAAAAUAAAAAAACUAAUAAACACUGA